AUGCUACGAAGACUAAACACGUCGGUGGUCACAUUCGUGCAGUCGUUUUUCCUUCCCGAGAGCCAACUCUCGUCGGCCCAGAAAUGGGUCUUGGGCCUUGUCAACCUCGGCGCCGUGGUGGUGUUCUGGGUGCUGAGCUCAUUCCUCGUAAACGACUUGUUCGAGUCGAAUGUAUACCGCAAACCGUUUUUCAUGACCUGGAUCAACACCAGCUGUUUCAUUUUCUACUUGAUUCCUUAUCUCAAGUACGAGGGCUUGACAAUUGGCGAGUUUCUCUCCCUGUUGAGGGAGGACUUUUACCGGCCCAAUGCGAUGUGUUUGGCCGAUUUGGAGCAGUCUUCUCCAAAAUCAAGCACCUACGGCUCCUCUUCGGACGACACUUUGGUGGCGCUUCUGGAGAUUGAGGCGGUGGACUCCAAGGCCCAGCAGGAUGAGGAUGUCGGGUUGUGGGAAACUGUCCUUCUCUCGUUCAAGUUCGUGUUGUUCUGGUUUCUGGCCAACUUGGUCACAAACGCGUCGCUUUCGUAUACCUCUGUUGCAUCGCAGACCAUUUUGUCGUCGACCUCGUCGUUCUUCACUUUGCUUGUGGGAGCGUUCUAUGGCAUUGAGAAGAUUAACAAGAAUAAAGUGUUCGGCAUUCUCCUCUCGUUUUCUGGAGUGAUACUCGUUUCAAAAAUAGAUUCCUGGGACGAGUCUGUUCCAGAUGGCGCUCCUUCAUCGCUCUCUGCUUGGGGCAAUAUCCUUGCAUUGGUCGGUGCGUUGAUCUAUGGACUCUACACCAUCUUGUUGAAACAUAAGAUUUCCAAGCCCAACUCUACCAGCGAGCGCAUUUUAAACACGCAUCUUUUCUUUGGGUUUGUCGGCUUGUUCAGUUUGACCAUGCUCUGGCCCUUGAUUCUUGUGUUGCACUACACUGGCGCCGAGACUUUCCAAUUCCCCAACACAUACCACAUUUUGCUGAUACUAGCUGCCAAUGCGUUCAUAACUUUCAUCAGUGAUUUCUGCUGGUGUAAAGCUGUGCUUCUUACGAGUCCUUUGACUGUCACUGUUGGCCUUUCGUUGACAAUCCCGUUGGCAAUGGUGGGAGAUUGGAUUUUCAGAGGGUUUCACAUCAACCCGAUGUACAUGUGCGGUGCAGCAGCCGUCACUUUGGGAUUUUUGGUCAUUAACAAAGACGAAAAGGAGGAUUUCGUCGCGGAGGAAUAG